GUGGAAAUCGGCAGCAGGAUCUACAUUGACGACGGACUCGUAUCCCUGCAGGUCAAGGAGAUUGGUUCUGAUUUCCUCAUGUGCGAGAUUGAGAACGGCGGCACCAUUGGAAGCAAGAAGGGCGUGAACCUGCCCGGUGCUGCUGUGGAUCUGCCAGCUGUUUCAGAGAAGGACAUCCAGGACCUGCAGUUCGGUUUGGAGCACGGAGUCGACAUGGUGUUCGCGUCCUUCAUCCGCAAAGCAGCAGAUGUGGAGGCUGUCAGAGCCGUGCUGGGAGAGAAAGGCAAAGACAUUAAGAUCAUCAGCAAGCUGGAGAACCACGAGGGUGUCCGCAGAUUUGAUGAGAUCAUGGAGGCCAGCGAUGGCAUCAUGGUUGCCCGUGGCGACCUGGGAAUUGAGAUCCCAACAGAAAAGGUCUUCCUGGCCCAGAAGAUGAUGAUCGGUCGCUGCAACAGAGCUGGCAAGCCAAUCACAUGUGCAACUCAGAUGUUGGAGAGCAUGAUCAAGAAGCCCCGGCCCACCCGCGCUGAGGGCAGCGACGUAGCCAACGCCGUGUUGGACGGAGCCGACUGCAUCAUGCUGAGCGGAGAGACCGCCAAGGGAGACUACCCUCUGGAGGCGGUACAGACACAGCACAAGGUGAGUUCAUCUAUACUCAAUACACAUAUUCGAAUAUUUUAUCAAAAUCAAAGCAUAAACAAUUGUUUUGUUUUUUUAAAUAGAGAAAUUAAGGGGAGGAUCUUGCAUGAUUUUCAUUUUCAACUAAGCAUGAUAACACUUGGAAGCUGCUCUUUCUCGUUUCCUAUUUUUUGUGUUCUCUUGAACACAUCAAUGACUUUUGGUUUUCUAUGACGCAGCACCUUUUUA